AUAAUGGGCACAACACACGUUCUUCUUAGUUCUAUUUGUUAGAUAUUCUUCAAACUUAAUUUCCAAUGGCCUUUUUCAAGAAUGCCAUUUGUUUGGCUAUACUUGUCAUCUUAAUAGGAAACUCGUCAGCUCAACUUUCCACGGGUUUUUACUCAACAUCUUGUCCGAACCUUUUUUCCACUGUCAAAUCUGCUGUGCAAUCUGCUAUAUCAAAGGAAGCUCGAAUGGGCGCCUCUCUACUUCGCUUAUUCUUCCACGAUUGCUUCGUCAAUGGAUGUGAUGGGUCAAUCCUUCUUGACGAUACUUCUUCUUUCACUGGAGAAAAGAACGCAAAUCCAAAUCGUAAUUCUGCCAGGGGAUUUGACGUUGUUGACAACAUAAAGUCUGCUGUUGAGAAUGUGUGCCCUGGAGUGGUAUCUUGUGCUGAUAUAUUAGCCAUCACUGCUCGAGAUUCUGUUGUCACCCUUGGAGGCCCUAACUGGAAUGUAAAACUUGGAAGAAGAGAUUCAAGAACAGCAAGCCAGGCUGCUGCAAAUAAUGGCAUCCCCCCUCCAACUUCAAAUCUUAAUGCCCUUAUUUCAAGAUUCAGUGCUCUUGGACUUUCCAGCAGGGACCUUGUUGCUUUAUCUGGUUCUCAUACAAUUGGGCAAGCAAGGUGCACCAGCUUCAGGGCUCGUAUAUACAACGAAACCAACUUGGACAGUUCAUUCGCACGGUUAAGGCAACGAAACUGUCCCAGAGCCAGUGGUUCAGGGGACAACAACUUGGCACCUUUGGAUCUUCAGACUCCAACAAAUUUUGACAACGAUUAUUUCAAAAACCUUGUGACUCAGAGGGGACUCCUACAUUCCGAUCAACAGCUUUUUAGUGGUGGAUCCACUAACUCAAUCGUCUCAACUUACGCCAACAAUCCGAACAACUUUCAAUCUGAUUUUGCCUCCGCCAUGAUUAAAAUGGGGGACAUUAGCCCCCUCACAGGAUCAAAUGGAGAGAUAAGGAAGAACUGCAGAAGGAUUAAUUGAGAAAUCUUAAUUUUCUGGUUUUAUUCGUUGUUUGAAAAAUUAUGCUAAUAAUAAGAUAUAUCUAUGUUUUGUUUGGGAUAGGGCGUCGGGGAGCUUUUACUUAUUUCUAGCUUCUUACUUUUUAUGUCAAGAUGUAUUAUCAAUGUAGUGUUUUUGUAUUUGUAUUAAGUUCGUGAAGACGUGAACGGACUUGAUAUCUUGAAUAAAAAGGCAAUUUAUAGUUC